AUGGCGAUACAUUACUGGUCAUUGCCUUGUUUGCUUCUAGCAUUUGUAGUAUGUAUAGUGAAUGGGAAAAUUCGAGAUUUACCACACGAGUACCACUCGGAAUUUAGCGUUGAUAGCGACUUUGAGCUGCUGAAAAAAAUCCUACGACAAAAUUUACUGCAAGACUAUGCGGACAUUACGGGCGACCAGCACGAUCAACGAGAAGUGGAGUCGAUGGUUGAAAAACGAAUACAUAGUUUUCUACGAGACCGACUGGAGCGGGAAAAUUCGAAGAAUGAACGUUUUAGGCGAGACAUUAACGAUGCAGAAGCUGCCAUCGAGGCGGACACAGCUGAUGCACGUCAACUGUAUCUUAAAGGAUUCCAAGAACGAGGUCAUGUACCGGUAAAUUUCCCUAUCGACAUCUGUCUGCUCCGCGUGGGUAAAUCAAUAUUUGCAGCAGCCUUGCACCAAAGCGAAACUAGUAACAGAACAAUGAACGCCACGACCGUUUCCUUCUAUCGGAGGGUAAAGGGAAAAUUUGAAAAGUACCAGGAGCACCAAGCGUACACGGCGCGCCAUUUUGACUGUGUCUCGAUCGCACACCUCGGGUUCGUGGCCGUGGUUAACUACCACGACCAGGAGCUAAAUGUGUUCGAGGAAGGAUCGCCCGUAUUUCAGAUCCAUGAGGACGCCACGAUUGAAAUGGUACAGACGUUUGGUCAGCCGAACCAGAAUACGGUCCAUCUGUGGGUACACGGGAAGCACGUGUUUCUCAUGCACACUUACAUCAAUCUGGACGAGAGUAGACCAACCGUGUGUCCCCUGUACCGGUGGUCUGGUUACUACUUCGAUGUAGUCGACCAAAUGCCAUGCCACAACGCCGUUCAUAUCGAAGCAUUCUCGAUCGAACAGCAACUGUUCGUUGCGGUUGCGAAUCAGAUGUCCUCGGCGCAAGGCAAGGAUACGUUUUCGGAUAUUUUUAUUCUGAACCCCGACACUCAGAAGCUGGUGCUUCAUCAACGAAUCUACAUUUACUCCGUAUCGGAUAUUGUGUACUUUUUCUUCGAGGCGUACGAGCGCAGGGAGCACUUUCUCAUUGCCGGAAAUUCGAUCGAAGUAGAUGGCGCUGACGCUGGCGGACGCAAAGCACGCAAUGUCGAUCAGAGCUCGAUCAUCUACAAGUUUGUGGAUGGCUAUUUUGUGCCAUUUCAAAAUUUGGAGCUUACCGGCGUGAAAAUGUUCCUCCCGGUUGUGCAUGAAAAUGGUGAAUUUCUUCUGCUUGUGUUGUGCCACGAUCAGCCAUUGCUGAUUUAUGAGUAUGAUGGGUGGAAACUUGUACCAUCGCGAAUCGAUUACACGGGAGAAGCAUUCGCUGCAGGAGUGACUAACAUGCGCGUGUAUCGUCACAUUGUGAAUGCAAGUGUGAUUGUGAUAGCCAACAGCAAUCUAUUUGGGAAAUCAAUCAAUCUUUUCACCCCCCAAUAUGGGGUGCAGAACGAUCUGCGGCAGGUGUACGCUCAUUUUAUCGAAUGGUGUGAGCGAAUGCAGGAGCAAACCUCGCAGGUGAACCUAGAGCAGCUGUACAACCGGCUUAUCGAACUGCCGGAUAAUGCAUCGGACGGUGCGGUCACAAUUAACAAAAAUAUUGAACUACAGGAAUCGACCGUACAGUCCUUAAAUGCCAAGUCUAUAAACACAAAGCAUCUGCUCGUCGAUGAAGCCUUUCUAUCGUACGUCGUCGAAGUGAACGAGUACGUACAGCGGGUCAAGGAAAAGAUGGAUCUCGUCGAACAGACCAUUCACGGGAGUGUACUCAUAAAUGACACUGUUCGUUGGAACGGGGAUUUGGCCGUUUCCGAGCUGAUCGCACCCGCUGGGCAAAUGAAGCAGCUCGACGUGAAGGUACUUAACAAUGCAGCCCACAAGACGCGCGAAACGGACAGCCAGAAUGAGGAUUUAGUGGAGGACGAUACGAUCACCGUCGAACGACUGAUAGUCGAUCGCAUUGCUGAUGUGCGUUUCUGGAACGGACAUGCCGCGGAGAGUUUGCUGCUGGUUGAUGAUCCUCCUAUGAAAUGGAAGGACAUGUCCGUAACGGCUAAAAAGGUGGUCGUUGGAGGAAAUCUGUUCGUGAACAAGCUUAUCGAUGGUAUCUUUUUCCAUCCCGGUAACGUGCUGCUUCCGAACGUCGAUCAGGUAUUUGAUGGGACCAGCCUGACGGUUAAAGAUCUUACCGUGAAUCGAUUAAAGAGCCAACGACUCAAUUCCACCGACGCUGGCUCCGUGCAGCGGAUGAUGGAUCAAUCAAGAACGCUACUAGCGAAGUCACGUGGCGCUAUGCCGCAGGAGUACGGCAGCGAAUUUGAUACUAUCGAUGCGGACGAGUUGCAGUUGACGGGCCUGCUAAACGACAUCGAUCCCCGGCUUCUAACCGACAACGUACUUCUCGACCAGGCAGCGGAUCAGCAAUUCAAUGAUAAAAUGGUGAUCGAUCAGAUUACGGCACACAAUAUUGUUGUGACUGAAUCGAAGCUAUCGGGAGUGGAAUUGAAAAACGUUGCUCAAACUACCGGCGAGCAGAAGAUCCUGCAGGAUUUACAAUUCGUGCAGCCCAUGCUUGUGAACAGCUUGUUCCUGCGAGAUCGUCUCAACCACAUCCCCGUGAUGGAGGAUAAGCUGCAGUUGUUACAUCUAACUGCCAGUGAAAUUCAAACCAUCACCGGAACAAAAACAUUCGACUAUGUCGAACUGCUAAAACCGAUCGAACUGCAGGGAAGAAUCAAUGGCGAAAGCUUGAGCAAAAUGAACCCUAUCAUGACGAUUGGGGAUGAUCUGGUGCUGAACGGUGACUAUACAAUCCACGGGAAUGUAACGUUUAACGGACAGCUUUGGGCACACAACAUUUUAAGCAAUAGAGGUGAACACGAUCUGCAUCGACUAGUAACGCAUGGUUUACAGAUAAACGCGUCACCAGCACCAGGGCAGGUGAUUAAAUUCCUUCAACCCGUGUUUGUCGAACAUCUACACGCCCAAAGGAUCAAUGAACUUGAUGUGAGCGAUCUGGUGCCACAGGUUGCAGGACAGGUGCAGUAUCUAACAGGACGCAAGACAUUCAUAGGAGAGCUCAAAGUUGAUGGCACUGUUGAUGCGAACGAGAUCAACAAAGUCGAUUUGAAUCAGCUCAAUCGUACAAUAUUUCGUCGAAACGGGGUCGAGCAAACCAUCGAUGGUACAAUUCAUUUCAAUACAGUCAUUUCGUCACACGUGAACGCUGAUACUGUGCGCUUUGAUGGGAAACACCUUGAUCGAUUACUUCGGUUAGACAUUUCGCAAAAUGUAAGUGCACCGGUGUACUUCAAAAACUGUACCAUAUACGUCGACAAUACGGUUGUUGCACAAAGCGUGCAGGCAGACAAUCGGUCAACGUUGUUUAGAUAUGACGUGGAUCAUCUGCUGCAAGAUACAUUGAUUUUUGGGGGAGAUGAAACAAAUGCUGCUUUUAUUCAAGGGCCCAAAAGCUUCCGAAACCUUACAAUUGGACAGCUAGUGCUACUCGACGGAUCUCUACUAAAUGGGAUACCGGUGGAGAAUAUAAAGCACAUUCUGGCGGCCGGAGACAAUCGUACUAUAAUCAAGAACGAAUUGCACAACUUUCAAAGUGAUAUCGCGAUAAAUCAUCUCCUAUUUGAGGGAGCGAUCAACGGAAUAUCAAAAGAGUCGUUUUGCAAGGCAUGGUUAAUGCAUACGGGAAACCAAACGUUUUCAGUUGGGCAAACGUUUGAACAGAUUGCAAUGGGGCAGUUGCACAUGUCUGGAAAACUAAAUGGUAUCACGAUGCAACAGUUGGCAGAAAAUGCAUACCGUACUGAUCGCGAAGAGUACAUCGAACAGGCAAUAUUCCAUAAAGGCAUUGUGACGUACGAGCCAUCUACGGUUGGUGGCCUUGUGUCAGGACUAAAUCUCACCAAUGACGUCCUGCUAAAGCAAUCACCCGGCAUACAGACGCUUGGAACUAUGCGUGUGUCAGGAAUGCUGGAGGCAAAAGGGCAGCUGCACAUAUUAAACCAAUUGAAUGGGAUUAAUUUUCCCAAGAUGAUGAUGUUCUUUGCCUCAACGGCCAACGAACAAGGACGCGAAAGUGCACUGGUCAAUAUACAGGUGCAGGAAAACGUUUACUUUGAACAUGAUCCAAUCGUUAUUCACCUUAACGGACACAAUGUAAAGAAACUUUACAACCAAGUUUGGUUGCCUCAUCGACCCACGGUGCUUACUGGCCGGUAUCAUUUCGAAAGUGUUCAAUUCGAAAAACCCCUUGACAACAAGAUCCAGCCAAUUAAUCAUCUGUUUUGGGACGAAGUACAGGCACGAUGUUUAAGCGGAACGAAAACACAAAACAUAACCGCACCAGUGCUGUUUCAUGGUGAUGUAAAAAUACACGCUAGAGCUGAAUUUCACGAUGUACAUCUACAAGGCUUAUUGAAAAGUAGCAAAAGCUCACCCGGAUUAAAUGCCAUAGAGUAUGAUAAAUAUGCACUACGACACCAAGAGCCGCAAGAAAUUAGUGGGAAAUGGUUAUUUCAUGAUUUGGAAAUUCACGGAAAUUUUGAAAUUAAAACACUUAAUGGCCAUAAUGUUGCAACUGAGCUGCUCAGAAGCGACGUUGCUGCGAGCAACGUUACAGCUUCCAAGCAUUUCAGUGAGCUGCACGUGGAAAGCAUUGUAUGCGCACCACCGUGCAUUAUACAGGAGGUGGACAUGGAUGAAUGGUAUUCAAAUGGAUUGCGACUGAGAGGAAAUCAGACGCUUGAAGGAACGCUUAUUAUCGAAAACGGAAUAAUCACUGGUAACUUGAUAGCGCUCGGUACCGUAAACGGCAUGCGAUUUGAUGCGGAUAACUUGAUGCUAAAAUCGGUACCCCAGAAUGUUAAUGGCACCCUGAGGCUAGUGACGAAAUUUCCCAACGAAAACAAAAUUUUUCCCCUAGUUUUCGAGUCGUUGCAUGCGAAAACCAUCAAUGGAAAGGAUGUUGACAAGUUUUUGAAUAACGUUGCUCUAAACAGUCAAAAUCCUUUAAUAAUCAAUAGCCCGGUAACGUUUAUCGACCUGAUAGAAACAGAUGACUCAUUGUUAGAAGGAGAUGAAAUUUUUGGAGUAAACGUUACGCAAUUGUUGCAAUCCACGUCUUACCAUAAUGAUGUGGACGCGCUUGCAUCACAGGUUAGAUCGCUCGAAAGUGUAAAUGACAAGCUUGCAGAGAACGUGUUUGAAAAUAGUCCGAUCUUUAGUCAUUUUGAAAAAUUGAAACCCAUUACGGUGCAUGCAGUGCGCAUGUUGGUACUCACAGUUCCUAUGCAUCCAACGCCAUUGGAAUUGAUUGUAGUACACAGUGCAGAGCCGAACAGGCCUCCUGCGAUCGAUUUUUACCAUUGGAGUGCUAAAGAAUCACGAUUAGUACCUUCUAAGGCCUAUCCCUCAAUCGUGGGACGAGAUCGUACAAUUGCGAAUGUGAAGCGUCUUAAUCUUGGCCAGAAGCAACAUCUCUUUGUAGAGUUUAUUGAGCGAGAUAGCAAAACGUUUGUUCAGCAAAUUUUAGAUUUGCACACCGAAACAACAGAUAUGUACAAAUUUGUUCCGCUAUAUGUAAUGAAUAGUACACGUUCACGGGAUGUGAUCUGGUUGAAAAUGGCCAAACUCGACUGUAUCGUAAUGUACUCAAAAGGUACAGUUGGCCUCGAAAUUCGUUGUCUGAGAGAACACAAUCUUGUUCAAAUUCUUGACGUUAGGCAGAUUGAAGAAACGGUAGCACCGGUUCAGAUGGUAGCAUUGGAAAAUCAUCUGGUAAUGCUCGACAGUAACGAGCAUAUUCAAAUCUGGCGUACAACGGGUACCUUUUACAUGAAACAUCACCAAACAAUAGCUGUUUCACAUCCUUCGUACCUCAGCGUGGCGAGGUAUGAAAACCAGCUUAUGCUGGCGAUCAAUUCAGAGCAUACACCUAACACAGCUCAUCAUGGUUCAAUUGAAAUUUGGCGCAAAGCACUUUCUGCAAAUACUACCUUUGUGCAACAUCAGCUCAUAUUGACCAAGCUUCCAAAACAGCUGCAGUUUUCUGUGCUACCCUCGAGAGAACUAGUACUGUACACACUAACCGAAAAUUGGCUGCAUCCUCUGGUAGUGUAUCGAUAUGAGGGUGUAACCGGCUUCAGAGAAAUACUAACAACUAACACCAUUCGUCAAAAGGCAAAACGGUUAUCAGUUUUAAAGAUGCGUCUAGCUCAGACAGAGAUUGUUGCAAUACUAGGCGCAGAGUCAACCGAGUUAGUAAAUGUAGUAUUCGUUUAA